AUGAGCGAACCGAGCCAGGACCCGACCAAAACAACCGCGUCCCGGGACUCCCAACCUCGGCCGCAGUCAGAGCCAGCGCGGGGCGUCGGCGCAGAACCGCAGUGCGCUUACACAAUCCAAUGCGCAUCAAGCGUCUAUGAGCGAAUGUUCUACGCCCUCUACCGGCUCGGUGUGCAGUCAAACAUCGCCGUGUCGGCAAGGUACUCGAGCCAGCGUCGCCAGCUCAGCAGGGAAGCCGUCCUAUGUGCAUUGCACGCCGUCGUACAGGCGCAUCCUUCGUUGCGCGCGGUAUUCGUGCGACGACCGUCGACGAGAAAGGGCCACCAUGACCUCUUCAAGGCCACGCUCAACGUUAUCCGCAUCGACGACGCGGUAGAGUUCGAAUACGACGAUGGCGAGGGUGUCACGAGCGCUCUGCUGGAGCGCAUCCACAACGAGUGGGCGUGGAUGCCGGAUGAGCCGGACAAGCCGUGGUGGAAGCUGGUCGUCAAGGGCCGCGACCUCGUCUGGGUGUGCCACCACGCUGUCGCAGACGGCAUGUCGGGCUUCGUCUUCCACCGGGAAUUCCUCGCAGCCCUCAACGGAAUGGCCUGGCCGCGACCGCUGAUGGCCGAGGCAGCUUGCGCAGCUCGCACGGUCAAGACGGAUGCCAGCGUGCCGAACCUUCCGCUCGAUCCGUUAACCGUCUCCACAGUCAGGUACAGCAUCCUGGAAUUAAUCGGCGACUUGGUCAUGUACACGCUCCUCGCGCUGCUCUUGGGCAAGUGGACCAUCUACAGCAGUCUCCCGCCGUCGAGAUCGUGCCUUCGGGACACGUCCAAGCCCGCCAAUGCAGAAAACUACACCAAAACAUGCAUAUCGUCCCGUCGCAUUCCGGCGGCGAGCAUGGCCGAGGUGCUGGCAGCCUGCCGAGCCAACGGCACGACCUUCACGCCGCUGCUACUCGUGGCCUUCACCAUGGCCCUCGCCGGCGACCAUUUCCCCAACGCAAAGCUCGGGCGGUCGCGGUAUUCGUACGAUCUUCGGCCUCUGAUGGACACGCAUCAGCUGGGGGGAAGCACCCCGUCGGGGUCCAUCCUGAACCUAUCGGCAGGCGCACAGCACAUCCACUGGCUGCGGCGCUUCAGAGCAGCAGAUGCAGCGCUGUCCGCCGAGGAUGCCGCGCGCAGGCAAUCCGCAUGGGACCUCGUCAGGGAGUACAAGGCGGGCAUGGAACGGAGGAUGCAUGGAAAAGGCACGCGGCUAUGGAAGUCGGUUUCCUUGCUGGGCACCAGCGUCGAGGACUUUGUGAAGCUGUCGUUUGACCCGCUCGGCAGGACUCUGCCCCCGACGUACCACGUCUCCAACCUGGGGGCGUUCCCGUCGGCGCCGCGCGUCGCCGACGACAAGAAGAGCGCGGCGUGGGCGGUGCAAGAUGCGCAGUUCUCCGUCGCGGCCACAAACGGCACCGUUGGCACCCACGGAAUCAUCCUGAGCGUGGCGGGCGUCAGGGGCGGCGACACAGUUAUCCACGCCGCGUACGAGGCAGGCGUGGUGGAGCGCGGCAUGGCAGAGCAAGUUUUGCAGGGCAUUGUGCGCAGGAUCGAGGCGCUUGUUGCGUCGAGCAGGUAG